AUGACAGCAGAAAGCAGGGGUGAGACGGGGUCUCAUCCUGGGUCUGGCGAACGGCGAAGUGGAGGCAAUCGAAGACCUGGGAGAUUACUUCCGCCUACUUCUGUGAUGGUGGCACUGUCCAUUGUGGCCAUGGCAACUGCAGCAUUGUGUGCCUAUUGUUCUAUGAGUGGAUCUAAUGUUCUCACCGUCAGCAUUCCUUCAAGUGCCCUCUUACGUCGAGUACGGAGUUUUACUGAGCACCCCAACCUGUCUGAGUUCACACUCAAUAUCAGUACGCUGCAUGCAAACUUCAGAAUAGUUGAUUCAAGCGACUGCGAGUCAGACCCUUCCAAAUGCACAACAUAUGCUGUGUGUGACAACCAGCAAGGGGAAAUGACAUGUCGGUGUCAAAGAGGAUACUAUCUGGAUGGACAAAAAUGUCAAGUUACAGAUUCAUUCUCAAUUUCCAAACCUUUAUCUCUUUUUCACUCUUUCUCUUACAAACUUCCAUUCCUUCUCAUUACUCAUUCUUUUUUUUUUCUCUCUGGUUUUUACUCCCUCUUCUUUUGGAAUGCUUCCAUUAUUCUUUUUUUUAUUUGUUUUUUUGCUUUCUUUUUAUGUUUUUUUUUUAUUUCCAUCUUUUUUUCAACGUCAUCACUCCAUCAUUUUCCUUUUUCUUCUAUUCUCUCGCAAUGCUUUUGUACUCUUUCUUUCAUAUAUUCCUCUUUUUUCAUUCCCUCUCUCUUUUAUUUGUCUUUAACUCUUCUCUUAUUUUCCCUCUCUUUUUUUUUUACUACAUCCCUCUCUAUUACUUUCAACCAUUUCUCUGCAUGGAUGCUCCUCCUUCUAUUUCUUUCUUUCUUUUUACCCUUUAUUCUCUUUGACUAUUUGUCAUACUUUUCUCUGUUCUUGUUCUUUUUCUUUUCCAUCUUAUCCUCUCUUGUUUUCUAUUUCUUUCUGAUUCUUCUUCUCUCUCUCUUUCUUCCUUCCUUCUUGAUUUUCCUGAUUUUCUCUUUACUCCACCUUCCCUACUUCCACGUCAGUCGUCAUCAUCCUAUGAAAGAUGUACGUAAACAAGAUAAGUAUCUUCCAAUAACUGAUCAACUACUUUCUUUUAUCCUCUUUUCUCUUCUUUAUCAUCUUUUUUCUUUCAUUCUGUUUCCCUCUCCCCUUCUCUCUUUCAUACUUUCUCUUUAUUCUCUCUCCUCUUUACUCUUUCUCUUUGAUUCCUCUCUUUAUCCCCAUCUACUCUUUGUGCAAAGAAUUAUUAUUAUUUUAACAGAAACUACUAUUUUCAAAUCAUCUUUCUUUGCAGUCUGUCGGACAUCUUGCCCACAAGGAUACUAUAUGGUGAAGCCUUGUUCGACAGCUAGAGACGUUGUAUGUAGAGCCUGUGAUGUGUGUAAGGGAACAGAAUAUGAAAUUACUCCAUGUAGAGCCGCUCAAAACAGAAAAUGUAUUGAUGUUACUUUUCCUACUCAUCAGAUUCGAUAUGAUGGAAAAACAUGUUCCAAAGUUGCAGAUAAUAAUAGCUUACAAUUGAUGCCAUCAGGGAAUGUGUUUGUUGAACGUUUAAACAGCAUCAAGGAACUUGAAACUACCAUGUAUGUGACCAACAACCAGCAAGCAAUGGACUUUAUAUGGAAGCGAGAGUCGGGGUUGCAGGUGAAAGCCAGCAUCACCGAUGUUUUCUUGGUGCCCGAAUAUGUAGAUAUUGACCACCCCGAUGACAAUCAAUACUUUUUACAGAGUUCUUUUAUACACAGUGAAGUCAAGCAGACAUUUCGAAAUAUUUUGAAGAACUAUUGUAGGCAUCCAUUACCAGAUUACUAUAACAUGAUUCUAGAGGUACAUCCAAAUCGAAGUACAAAUGCUACCGUGGUUAUUUGUGACUCAAAGAACCCUGCAGUCCCAAAAUGUCCAGAAUCAUACAGUGAUGGCCAGAAAUAUAUAAAGCGUGCUCCAAAUAAUGUGUGUCCAAAACUAAAGGGUCAAAGGCUUCUGCAACUGUCUCCAGCGGCGAACAGUAUCGUCUGUUUAGAUGAAUCACCUCUUUUAACAGCAGUGUUUGGGAUGAAGACGGCAAACGUGACAGAGUUGAUGUUUCGAUCCAGGGAAUGUGAAAACUAUACCAAGAGUUGCCUAUCUUGCCCUCUUCGUGGUGAGAACUCCUGUUGUCAGAUUCCAUGCUAUAGAACUUACUCCUGUCGAAAAUCAUAUGACUCACUCUGUUCACCAAGUCCAGUAGAAUGUGCUACAGGUGAUGCCUAUGUAUUCACGUUACGACCAAUGUUUAACACGAUCACAAGUCAAUUCUUCUGCCAUAUACAAUACAAAAAACCAACUAAACUCUACAGUAUAAAUUAUAGUGUCGACAUACCACAAGUGGGCUAUCAGUUUAAAGAAAAACAUCGAACUGUGUACGCAGAAUCCACAGAUUUCCAUCACCACAGUAUAGUAACAGUGGAUUUUAUAUCAGUUGAACAUUCCUCUCAGCUCCCAGUACGCGAAGAAGCAAUCCUAGUGAAGGAACACAGUCGUGUUGAAUUUUCCCUUCACUCAUUAAAACAAGCGCAGGAUUUUUACAAGAGAUUUGAUGUCAAUAAUCCCAAACAGAAUAUAUACUCCACUGAUGCCCAGUUCUCAAAGCCAUUUGAAUAUAGCUCUAUGACUUGGCAUAACGGUGGGUGUGGCAAGAACUCCUCCAAGAUUUAUCCUGCUCAAAUGGUAUUCGUCGAUAAUGGUGACUCAGUAAAUGCACACAAAUCAGUUCUCGAUGGUCGCUUUCAUUACCACAUCUCAAACACCAAAGAGACCCCGCAGAUCAAAUUGCUCAUCAGUGCAAACAGCUCUAUUUUGCGGCACUACCAACACGAUUUUCCCAAUGCCUUGUUGAACAGCAGCAGUCUGGAAGUGAAGCUGUACUGGCAGCCAGUUCUAGGACACUGGAUGAUGAAGAUCAAAGGUGUUCUUUAUUCAUGUCCUGGAUACCUGAUGAUGAAAGUUUACGACAGUGAGCAUCGCAUCUGUUAUGGGAGCUAUGACAUGUUUAUCAACUGCCCGAACAACUUCCAAAUAUCGGCUGUUCUUACAGAGUGGGGCACCAAACAGCCAUCUAUAUUAACUGUGAUGCUGAGCGACAUCGAGAGCACCCACCGUUUACAUCUGACCACGCAUGAAGUUACUAAUGAAUACACAAAGUCGGCGUCUAGUUCAUACAAUAUCAAGAAGUACACUACUGUGAAAAUAUCCCCCUGGAAACCAGUAAUUGCUAUUUUAGUCUCUGCCAGUAUCCUUGGAACAAUGAUGCUUUGCACACUGGCCGGACUCUUAAUAUACAAUGUUGGCCGUAGAACGAUGCCCCCUUUGCCUCCACCGUCACCUGCCCAGGACGAGCGGAGGUCAUCUCUUUUAAGCAGCCCUGAACAGGAGAGACCCUUGGAGAUCAUACCUCGACCCCCAGCUGAAACUUCGAGAGGGCUUGUUUUUCUAUUUAUUGUCAUUUAUCUAAUUUAUUCAUUUUUCUUCACCUUGUCGGUCACUCUAGGGUUGUUUUAUGUCAUUAUCGGUCCAUCGGUCAUAUCAUUACAAAAUACCACCGAAAUGAGUUACCAUGUGCGACAGAGUGUCAACAGAUGUUUAGAAGAAAUCAAGGAACAUGAAAAGUUUGAAACUAUGCGGAUGCUGGAUUUAAUAAAACAAAGACAAGUGUCAUGCCAGUCACACUUGGACAAUGAAGUCACGCAGAUACUGCAAUCAAUGCACACUUCCACGAGGAUGGUUUUAAGGAGUGUCUAUCGGGACAAUGGGCUUCUCAAGAAGUCUGUACAUGACUUGUUCAUGUCAAAACAAGCCAAGUUUGAAACCGAGUUGAACAAGUUCAUAUCUGAAACCAAUGCCACAUUGAGCAAUCAGAUUAUGAGCUUUCGCUCGAAAUACAUUAAUUUUCUCAAGAAAUUAGUGAAAAACGAAUGGCUGGAGUUCCCCAAGAAGCUCUUUGAGCGUCAUGGGUCUAUAAAUGAUGUGUUUGAAACAGAGGCUUCACUACUUGAAUAUCUAAAAUGGUUAGAAGUAGAUAAGGUUUUUGAAGUGAGCAUGGUACAUGAUAUCAUAAUGAAGCAGAUGAUGGAGUCUAAGCCUAUCUUUCCUGGAAAUGAAAUUUUGGCCACAAAUCCAGGAAGAAAUAUUAAGUCUGUGUGGAUUCGGCUACAUGCAGAACUUGAGGAGAGCACCUGGGAGCUGUCUAAAACAAGGCAUGUGUUCCGCUACUUGCUGUCGCACGCUUUCGACUAUGAGGACACUAGUAACCGCGAUUACUACCAAGACAUUCAAUAUGAGGAGAAGCGUGAAAUUAACAUGGGCGGUGGGAAGAUGUUCUUCUCCAUCUUGGUGGGUGUUUUUAUAAUUCUGGAUGCAAUGCUACUAUUCUAUCGGUUCAAGUGGAUGAAGUGCAUGCUGUCUCAGAUUCGGUGUGGUUAUGUACAAAAGCUGCCUAUGGAUACGGUGUCCUGCAAAGUCUAUGCAAUACAAACUGGCAGAUCAGCGCCACGGCCAUACAAUCCUCUGGAGCAUCCAUACAAUUACUAUCAAGACAACAAAGAGGACAUUUGGUCGGCCAGCGAGCUCUACUUUGCCCAGGCGCCGACCAAAUCGAAAGAGGACAUCCUGAAGGAGAUCUGGAACCACCGGCGGCGCCAGAAGCCCAAGUUGAAACGGGAACGAUUCAAAGACUUCUGCUUUGUUCAGUAUUUUAUACAAUUUUGCAGGCUAAUUCUGCGGAUUUUAGGAUCAAAGUUAUUUUUAAAGCUCAUCCUGUUUGCGCUUGUUGUGUUUUUCCUGGGAAUAUUCCUGGCAGCGGCGGACGCGAUCCUCACUGCAGACAACAUCAAGCUGUUCUUAGACAGACACUUGGGUGCCUCCCAGCUAAAGGAUCAUCUACUUAUGUCAGACAACACACUGAUCAAUUAUGCUGAGUAUCUUAAUAGACAUUUAGUUUUUAUCAAGAAAUUUGUAGACUGGGAAAUUGCAGAUUUUAAUGCAGUACUGGAGGGCGUCAGACAAAACCAGAGGCAGCUUUUAGACAGAGUUUUGGAAGAUAUCUGCAACAUAAUGGGAAACACAUCAUCGUCAUCAUCACACACAUCAUGUAGCUCCCCGCCAUCACUCCCUACCACCACUAUUACCUCGUGUAACUUCAUGUCCAUCCAGCCACAAUUUUAUGAUGGAAUCAUCCAGGAGGUGUCGGUGCAGCUCCUCCAAAAUAACCUUACAAGCACUGAGGUAGCGAGCCGACAGAUGGUGUUCCAUAGUGUGUAUCUGCUUCUGUUUCUUGCAUGCGGAAUGUUCCUGAGUCAUGCGGUGGCGCAGGUCAUAAACUAUUACGUCUUUCAUGAAAGCAAGGUCCCGAUUCUUCGGAUCUACCAGACAACGAGCUCAUCUUCCCCCUGGCCCGAGCACCACAACUGUACCGUGAAAGACAUGCACCGUAGCGCAUCUUGGUUGCAGAGUAGCGAGAGCGGCGUAUACCUUGGAGACAAUGAAGAGAAUGUACGAGAAUCGCAAAUGUAA